UCAUUUUGGCUUUGUUUAAUUUAAGGCCCGGUUUUGAUUUAGAUUAUUAAACAUAUUAUUGCCAUUGAUUUAAAAUAAGUGGUCUAAGCAAUAUAAUAAGAAAAUAUAAGGAAAAUGGUUUUUCGAAGCGUGGAGCAAAUAUCUAGCCAUUUUUGUGAAAUUGUUAGGCUGGAGCUCUAUAGUGAAUUGAACGAGAAAAUUGACAUUGUGCCAUCGUCAAAAGUGGUUUUCGCCCAAAUGCCACUAUCAACACAUGGUUACACGCUAAAAUACUAUCUAGGACCAAAUUACCCUCCUCUCCUCUUCUUCCUCCCUCCAACAUCAUUAGCUCUCGCCGGCGGCAACAAUGCCACCAUCGGCAGCGGCGUGGGCAGGAUGGCAACGGCCACAUCUGCCUCUGCCUCCUCCGCCGCGGCGUUCGGCGCCAAAACCCCACGCCUGGGCCCGAGCCCGAGCCCCAUAUCCACAUUCGCGAGGCCUCCUCUCGCGCCUCGGCCGCCGGCAGGCUCCACGCCAGCCUCCACCUCGACGGCGCGAGCGGGAGUGCGAGCGCCACGGGCAGUAGCAGCCGGAGACGAUGUCGUAGCCGCGCCGCGGCCGCUCCGCCUCGCGCUCCUCCUCGGGAUCCUCCUCUCGCUCGCAGUCCCGCUUCGUCUCCUCGGGCUCCGGCUCGUCCCGAUUGCGCUCCCACUCCUACUCCUUCUCGUCGUCGUCGUCCCCUUCACGGAGCCGCUCCCCACCCGCUGCCAAGGCCAGGUGACAUCCCCCGCCUCUCCCCCACCCCCACGAUACCAUCUGCUUGUCCUGCGCAAUCGAUUGUGCCGUCAACGGUGCAAUGUGGCCGCCGGCGAGAGCUGAUAGUGAUGGAGGGAGGAAGAAGAGGAGAAGAGGGCGAUUUGGUCCGAGGUAAUAUUUUAGCGUGUAACCGUGUAUUGACAGUGGUAUUUUAUCGAAUCCAUUUUGUAGGGUGGUAUUUGGGCAAAACCCACUUUUAAUGAUGGCAUAAUGUUAAUUUUCUCGAAUUGAACGGACAGUGCAAUGGUCCACUCAAUUUGUUCCACAUUUGGCUUAAUUUUGUUUUAUCGUUUAACGAAAAUGAAAUAUGGCCAUAACUUGGUGACAUUGGGACAAUUUCUUCUACUUUGGUCGGCUUCUUUACAUUUUC